AUGGCCACCCGAGAGAAGGCCAGUGACAAGGUCUUGUCGAGACGUGAGGUCGAAGGCAUGAUUGCCGAAGACAAGCUGAUCAUCAUCGUCGACGACAAAGUUCUCAGGCUAGAUGCCUGGAUCAAAUUUCACCCGGGAGGCGACAUGGCCAUCAAGCACAUGGUAGGCAAAGAUGCCACCGACGAAGUGAACGCCCUACAUUCACAGGAAGCACGCCAGCGCAUGAACAAAUUCCAAAUCGGCCGCAUCGAAGGAAGAUGGACCAACUUCAUGCCUCCAAUCCAAGGCGGUCGUUUCCGCCCAUACCAUAAAACAGACGCAAACGAGACUGAAUACUUGGUGAACUCCGAGCUAUCAAUCGAAGAGAUCUCAGCACCCCCGUCUCCAAUCUUCGAGACUGAAGAAGACGCCUUCGGCCUACGCCGCAGACUAUCCGUCUCAACCAUGUCCUCAGUAUUCAGCGCAAUCCCGCCCCCAGCAACAGAAGACAAACCCCGAGGCUACGUGAUCGACGCCCGAACCCAAGAAGAAAUCGACCUAGAUCUCUCCAAAUACCCACCCCUGGACGCAAAGCACCAAGAAAACAUCACACAGAAAUACCGCCAGCUAAACGAGCGUAUUCGCGCAGCCGGUCUCUACAACUGCAACUACUCAGCCUAUGCGAUCGAAAUAACCCGCUACACCCUCUUCUUCAGCCUAUUCCUCUUCUUCCUAGGCAAAUCUUGGUUCUGCCUCUCAGCCUUCUUCCUCGGCUGUUUCUGGCACCAACUCGUCUUCUCCGCCCACGAUGCCGGACACAUGGGCAUCACACACGACUACCAAGUCGACACGGUGAUCGGAAUGAUAAUCGCCGAUUACCUGGGAGGAUUGAGUCUGGGCUGGUGGAAACGAAGCCACAAUGUCCACCACAUCGUGACGAAUGCGCCAGAGCACGAUCCCGAUAUCGAGCUCAUGCCCUUCUUCGCGCUGUCGCAUCGCUUUUUCGGUAGUUUGCGCAGUACAUACUACGAUCGGAUUAUGGAAUACGAUGCCUUUGCCAAGAUCACGGUCAAAUAUCAACAUUACAUGUACUACCCGAUCCUCCUCUUCGGCCGCUUCAACCUCUACUUCUUGAGCUGGGAACAUAUCAUCUGCGGUCUCGGUCCGAAGCACGGUGCUGGAUGGUGGCAUCGCUGGUUCGAACUAGCUGGCCAGGUUUUCUUCUGGAGUUGGUUUGGGUACGGUAUUGUCUGGUGCAGUAUUCCCAGUUGGUGGAGUCGGGUUGCGUUUGUGCUUAUUUCGCAUAUGGUGACUGCGCCGUUGCAUGUGCAGAUUACGCUUUCGCAUUAUGCUAUGUCGACUGCUGAUCUUGGGCCUUUGGAGUCGUUUCCUCAGAGGAUGCUGCGCACGACUAUGGAUGUUGAUUGUCCGACUUGGUUGGAUUGGUUUCAUGGGGGUCUUCAGUUCCAGGCGAUUCAUCAUUUGUAUCCCCGGAUUCCGAGACACAAUUUGCGCAGGACUCAGGAGUUUGUUAAGGAGUUUUGUGAGGAGGUUGAUAUUCCUUAUGCUGUUUUUACCUUCUAUGAUGGUAAUAAGGAGGUUAUUGGUCGUUUGGGGGAUGUUGCUAAGCAGGCGAAGAUGCUGGAGGAGUGUCGGAAGGCGUGUGCGGAGCAGGGUGUGUUUGCUGAUCACCAUCAUUCGCAUUGA